UCGCUCUCAGUCAGAAAGGGGCGGAGUCUUUCAAAGAAACAAGAAGUUCCACCAACAUCUUCCCAGAAGCCCAGAGCAUCACAGAGACGGAGAGCGGCGCUGGAGCUCAGCAGGACAGCAGGAUGGAGGGAGUGAGCGAGGAUGACCUCUGCUGGCUGCAGCUGGAUGACUUCAGGAUGCUGCUGAUUAAAACCAUCGACCCGUCCAGAAUCACUCCUUACCUCCGCCAGUGCCAGGUGAUCAGCGCUGAGGAUGAGGAGCAGCUCUUCAACGACCCCGCCCUGGUCAUCCGCCGGAGGAAAGUCGGAGCGCUGCUGGACAUGCUGCAGCGGACCGGGAUGAAGGGGUACACGGCGUUCCUGGAGAGCCUGGAGCUGGACUACCCGCAGCUGUACAGCCGGAUCACGGGGAAGGAACCCAACAAGACCUUCAGCAUCCUGAUCGACACGGCGGGAGAAUCGGGCCUGACCCAGUUCCUGAUGUCGGAGCUGAGCCGCCUGCAGAGGGUGCUGCAGGACGAGCGGAGGCGGCGCCAGGAGGCCUGCUCCGUGGCCCAGGAACAGGAGGCGUGGUCCCGGCAGCAGAAGCUGAAGGAGCGGGAGCUGAAGAAGCUGACUGAGCGCGUGCAGAAGCUGCGUGAGGAGCGCGAGCAGCUGACCGAGGAGCUGAAGAAGCUCCGCCUCCACAACUACAACCUGAUGGCCGACGUCACCAGCCUGACGCAGGACAAGAGCAACGCCCUGCUGGCCAACAGGGACCUGCAGAUAGAGGUGGAGCGUCUGAAGCACACGGUGCUGCGGGCGGAGAGCGAGACGCGGCUGCUGAAACGGAGGACCGUGAGGCCGCUGCAGCAGAGCAGAAUCCUGACUCCGCCCUCUGACGCCUUUCUUCAACUCAACGACCAGGAGGAGCAGCAGGAGGCGCCGCCUCCGGGGAAGCAGCAGGAGGAGCUGCAGGAGGAGAAGAAGCCGGACAGGAGGGAGGAGCUGAAGGAGGGCCAGCGGCUCGGCCGCGCGUCUCCGCAGAUGAACCUCCUGACCACCGUGUUCAGGCUGAGGAGGGAGCUGCACAAGGCCGAGGAGCAGAGGGCAAAGAGCGUGGAGGAGAAGGAGGAGCUGAGCCUCCGCUGCGCUCAGCUGAAAGGAGACGCCAAGAUGUACCGGCAGCAGAGCAAGCAGACGGUCCGGCAGCUGGAGGAGGUGAUCCGAGAGAGGGACAAGGCUCUGGUGGCGCAGGCGCAGCAGCAGGAGGAGGCGCGGCUCCACCUGCAGGAGAAGGACCGGUACAGGGAGCGCGUCCGGCAGCUGGCCGAGAAAACAGACAAGCUGGAGCUGCUCCUGCUGAGGUCACAGGGGGAGGAGCUCCAGCUGAGGACACGCCUCCGCAAGAUGACCUUCAACUCCCAGCAGUUUGAGAGGAACUUGAGCAGUGAAGAAGACGAGGCAAGCGAGAGCGCCGCUAAAGGCAGCAGCGAGGAGGUUCCCAGCGGGACGUCGGGGGAAAACGAGGAACCGGCCGCUCCGCCGCAGGAACACGGCCCUCCAGCAGGGGGCCCCAGGGAGUCGGACCACAGGCCCAACAAUGUUGCAUCAUGGGACGAGCAGCCGGACGGCGGAUUCUUCACGCUAAGUCGGCCCAACUUCAGGAAGCGAGCCCUGAGGUCAAAGUUCCCCAGCGGAGAGUCGGUGGCCUGUAACGUGGGGGACAGCACCGGCAGUGAGUCGGACUGAGGUCGGUCCACUGGUUCUGACCCAGCAGCAGACUCGGUUCUGAUGAGGAUCCGGUUCGGUUCUGACGACGUUUCACCAAAACAAACUAAUGUUUCCUGAUCUGAUCUUUUACAACUUCUGAAACAUUUUCUGUUUCUCUUCAGAUAAAUAAAUGUUUUAUUUCUGAGAAACUGAA